ACAAAAAGUAUGGCUGCUAAAACAGCAUUUAGAAGAAUAAUAUUAAAUUUUAGUGGAAGAAUUAGGAGCCACAGUAAUAGAAAAUUAAGCAAUUUAGUUGUUCAAAAUAAGGAGAAGCUUUAUUAUGUUACUGCUAGUAUGGGAGCAACGAUUACAUUAAUGAUAUUUAGUGACAGGCUGCAAAAAUUUGGUACUAAGAGAGACAUUGGGGUAGUUCGAGCUAAUCAACAGUCUAAGUCUGGUAAAGAUGAAGAUAUGCAGAUGUCUCAGUUGACUCAGAGAGAACGAAGAUUUAUAAAAUUUGCUUCAGUUGAGUAUGAUGGGCAGUUGUAUAUGACACCUCAAGAUUUUCUUGAUUCAGUGACUGAAACAGAUCCACGGGCUCGCCUGAAAAGAAAAGUAUUAUCAAAGAAAGAACUUCAUUCUCUGUAUGAUAGCACUCCUGCAAGACGUAAAGGCAGCACAAAUCUUUUUCGUUCUUUACAUGAUAAGGGCAUUAUAUCAUAUACAGAAUACUUAUUUUUGCUUUCUGUACUUACAAAGCCUCAGUCAGGAUUCCGCAUUGCAUUUAAUAUGUUUGAUACGGAUGGCAAUCAGAGAGUGGAUAAAAAAGAAUUUCUUGUGGUUCUUCAUCUUUUAGUAAAGUCUUUUUUUAAAAAGACAUCAGAAAAUUUGGGACUUUAUUCAGGUGUACCAACUGAAGUUCUUGAGAAAAUCUUUAGCACUGUAGCAAGAAAAGGAAAUAUGUUGCGAAGAAAAGAUAGAUCAAACUGUGAUGAAGACUCCGAAUUCGAUACUGUUGAUACAACAUUAUUAAUUCAUUUGUUUGGGAAGAAAGGCAAUGAAGAUCUUAGUUAUGAUGAUUUUUAUAGGUUUAUGGAUAAUCUUCAGACAGAGGUGCUAGAAUUGGAAUUUACAGAGUUUUCUAGAGGUAUGCCCACUAUAUCCGAAGUUGAUUUUGCUCGAAUCCUGUUACGAUACACCCUAGUCCACAGUAGUGAUUAUGAAGCUUAUAUUGAAAGAGUACAUGAAAGAAUUCCCGAUGAAAAGGGAAUCUCAUUUGCCCAGUUCAAAGCUUUCUGUCAGUUCCUGAAUAAUUUAGAUGAUUUUUCUAUAGCCAUGAGAAUGUUCACAUUUGCAAAUCGACCUAUUUCCCAAGAGGAAUUUCAUCGUGCAGUUGCUAUUUGUACUGGGCACAGUUUAGAUGCAAAUUUAGUGAAUGCUGUAUUUCAAAUCUUUGACGAAGAUGGUGAUGGACAACUAUCUUACAAAGAGUUCAUUGCUAUUAUGAGAGAUAGACUUCAUCGAGGAUUUAAGUCACAUCUUGUCAAAACUGAAGGAUGGGAAGCUUUCAAGUCAUGCAUCAAAACAGAAAUGAGAAAUUAAGUGAAAGAUUUGGACUACAAAUUUUAAUGAAAUAACUAGUUUGGAGUGUUUCAAGUUUGGUUUGAACAUACUUCAGAUAAAUAUAGUAGCUGAUAAAGUAUGAAGUAAAAUAAGGUUGAUUAGCUUUUUCCCUCAUGCAUUUAAACAUUACUUUUUAAAUUUAAAAUUGUAUGAAAUAGUUAAAUGUUUCAAUAUUUAUAAAGAAACAAAAAAUAUUCUAGCCAAGCUAAAAUAUACUAACCAAGCAUUAUGAAAGUUGUGAUAUUAAAUAAUGAACACAUUAUCAAUGUAAAUAAAUUGAAAACAUAUGAAAGUAAAUCAUUUAGUGUUUUUACUAACUAGUUAAUAGAUUGUAUUUUGUGGCUUAAAAAAGAUAAUAAGAAUUGUUUAUUGUGUUACAAGGGGAGUCAGAAAAUUAGUUUCCCCUGCUGACUGUGGUCAGAGUUUUGUAUGAAAGUCAAAAAAUGCUGUGAGACAUUAAAGAUAAGACACAUCUUUAAUUUUCCUCUUAAAUACCGAUGACAUUGAAACAUCUUACUACUUGAUAAGCAUCAAAGAGCCCUUCAAGAAAGCUUAGGGCUUUGCAUAUGGAAGAGUUGUUAACAACUUGUUUGACUUCAGCAUUGCUUCCAAGGUGCCUUCCGCCGAGAUUCAUCUUCAAUGUUGGAAACAGAUAGUGUGAGAGCUCACUUAGUGUGAGAUCAGGACUGCAUGGCGGAUGGUGUUCCCAACCAAGAGUCAGAAUAUGGUUUUGCUUUACUGUUGCCGAGUAUGGCCUUGCAUUGUCAUCCAAAAUUAGAAUGUCACACCAUAUCUCCAAAUUGCCUUUUUCAAUUUCAACAGGGUCAAAGUACCAUGCAUGCAAAUAUGACUCUUAUUUCUCUAACCACUUUUUAAACAAGGUAUGAUGAAAUUUAUUUUACAUUGUGCUAAAAUGUACUAAAUUAAGAUAUUAAAAGUUUCAAAUAACUAAAAACUCUCGUAUUUAAUAUUAAUCACCUCACUUAAUGCAUCUCUGCAACAAAAAUAUUAAUAUAAUUUUCAUUGAAAAUAAUUAUAUGCUAGACAGUAAUGAGCAAUAACUUUUCUAUUCUUUCAAGUGCCUUAAUGCAACAAAAGAAAUGCUACUCCUUGUAAAAGAGAGAAAUAAAAAUUCUAUCUAUAUGAGCAAAAGCUUUUUUAUCUCCCUCAACGUUUAAUGCAAUUGAAUCUUUCUGAUAUUUGUUGAGACUCCACAACACCUAAAUGUCCAAUAUUUGCUCGAUAUUUUUGUUAAAGACAGAGAGAAAGAGAAAGGUACAAACCCUCCCCCCUCUCCUUUUUUUCCUAUUUCAACAUUAAUAACAAAAUCAGUACAAAAUUUCAACGCUUACAGUGAAACCCCCAUUUUACAUUUCUUAAGAGACAGGGUAAAAAAAUUUUAAAUACUGGAAAUAUGUAGAAAGCGAAAAUCA